CUCCUACCUGUGUAACAUGCAGCAGGCUCUUUAGUGUUUGGGGAAUAAAUACGGGAGGCCAAGAGAGAUGGGAAACAUCUUUGAGUCCAGAUGAAAACACUGAUGAAGAGAUUGCCAUGUUUCUGCUUCAGAACCCUGAGGAAGGUAGAACUUUUUUUUAAGCCUUACCAGCAGCUGGAAGAGGCUAGUUGCUGAUACUCCAUUUCCCUGCUGUUAAUGGGAGGGCCGUGUUGGCUGUCUAGGGGGCUGGUCAGAAAUAGGAAUACCUGGGCUCACCCCCACUCAUUAAGUGGGACAUCAAGAGUGAGUCUCGGGUAUCUAUUUUUCACAACCAGCCUAAUGAUAACCAGAGGAACUGAGUUGGUGAACCAGAAUGCUAACCAGAGACUCCCAAGACUCUCUUGGAUGAAACUGCCUCCUGCCUGAGGUAAUCAGGCUCUAGUCACUUCCUGGAGCAUACAAACUCCACCUCUACCAGGAGAGGGCUACUCAGUCCUGAGUCCUCAGCACGGCGGCUGCUCCGCCCUCCCCACUCCAGGGAUACCUGUCAGACUUGAGAACGGAGUGUAGCCAGGACAGGGAGAGAACAGGUGGGGCUUUCGGCUGGGAACUGGGUUGCCCAGCCAUGCUCUGGGCCCUCUGGCCAAGGUGGCUGGCAGGCAAGGGGCUGCCCCUCCUGGAAGCAGUGCUGCUGCGGAAGAAAGAGAAGGGACCUCAGUGGAGGAACUUGCAGCGGGAAACCCACCCAUACUAUGACCUCCAGGUGAAGGUGCUAAGGGCCAGAAAUAUCCAGAAUGCAGACCCAUUGUCCAAAGCUGACUGCUAUGUGCAAUUGCGGCUGCCCACGGCAUCCCCUAUCCCUGCGCAGACAAAGAUGGUGGCUAACUGCAGUGACCCUGAAUGGAAUGAGACUUUUCACUACCAGAUCCAUGGUGCUGUGAAGAAUGUCCUAGAGCUCAUUCUCUAUGACAAGGAUGUCCUGGGCAGCGACCAGCUCUCCCUGCUCCUGUUUGACCUGAGGCAUCUCAAGCCUGGCCAACCCCACAGACACAUCUUUCCACUCAACCAGCAGGAUACACAAGAGCUGCAGGUGGAAUUUUUUCUGGAGAAAAGCCAAGUGCCUGCAUCUGAAGUCAUCACCAAUGGAGUCCUGGUGGCUCAUCCCUGUUUGAGAAUCCAGGGCACCCUCAAGGGAGAUGGGACAGCCCCAUAUCCGGAGUAUGCCUCUAGGCAAAUCAAGCUGGCAGUGCCUGGGGCCUACGAGAAGCCACAGCUCUUGCCCCUACAGCCUCCCAUGGAACCAGGCCUCCCACCCACUUUUAUCUUCCACAUAAAUCCAGUGCUGAGCUCCAGGCUGGAUGUGGAGCUAGAGAAGAAGCUCACAGUUGCACAGAGUGGGCCAAUUGCUGAGCUGGAGGUACAAACCAUACAACAGGGCAAGGGGGGCAUUCUGCUCUCUACUCUGCCCCUAGGCCAGGAGGAACAGCGCCUUGUAUUCCUGGAGGAGGGCCAGGAGAUGACUCUGAGUGUGAAGGCAGAAAUGAGCUCUGGGGACUUGGACCUGCGCCUUGGCUUUGACCUCUGUGAUGGGGAGCAGGAGUUUCUGGACAAGAGGAAGCAGGUUGUAUCCCAGGCCCUGCAGCAAGUGCUGGGACUGAGCCAGGCUCCACCUUGUGACCAGGUGCCUGUGGUAGCUGUAUUGGGUUCUGGGGGUGGAACCCGAGCCAUGACUUCCCUAUAUGGCAGCCUGGCGGGGCUGCAGGAGCUUGGUCUCCUGGAUGCUGUGACCUACCUGUGUGGGGUAUCUGGGUCCACCUGGUGCAUCUCCACACUCUACAAGGACCCAGACUGGUCCCAUGUGGCCUUGCAGGACUGCCUUGAGCAUGUCCAAGCACGGGUCUGCAGCAGUAAAAUAGGGGCGAUAUCCACAGAGCAGCUACAGUACUACACUCAGGAAGUGGGGGUCCGGGAGAGCCUCGGCCACAGUGUGUCGCUUGUUGACCUCUGGGGCCUCCUCAUUGAAUAUUUUCUGAACCAGGAGAAAAACCCUGCCAAGCUGUCUGACCAGCAAGAGGCCAUCAACCAGGGUCAGAACCCUUACCCCAUUUAUGCCAGUAUCAAUGUUCACACCAACAUCAGUGGAGAAGACUUUGCAGAGUGGUGUGAGUUCACUCCCCAUGAGGUCGGCUUCCCCAAAUAUGGGGCUUAUAUUCCUACUGAGCUCUUUGGCUCGGAAUUCUUCAUGGGACGAUUGCUGCACCUCCUGCCUGAGCCACGCAUCUGCUACCUGCAGGGUAUGUGGGGCAGUGCCUUUGCAGCCAGCCUGGAUGAGAUCUUCCUGAAGAUUGCAGGCUUGGGCCUGGGAUUCCUGGACUGGCACAGAGACCGUGUAAACAUCACAGAUGACUGCCAGGAGUUCCAGCUGCAUGACCCUAUGUGUCUACGUACCAGGCUCUUCACCCCACAGGGGCCCCUUUCCCAGGCCCUGCUGGACAUAUUCACUUCCCGCUUUACUUCUGCCCAGAACUUUAACUUCAUCCGGGGCCUCUGCAUGCACAAGGACUAUGUGGCCUGCAGAGAGUUCAUGGCUUGGAAAGACACACACCGGGAUGCUUUCCCCAACCAACUUACACCCAUGCAAGACUGCCUAUCCCUGGUGGAUGGAGGUUUUGCUAUCAACUCUCCAUUCCCACUGAUUCUGCAGCCCCAGCGGGCAGUGGACCUCAUUCUGUCCUUUGACUACUCCUUGGAGGCCCCUUUUGAGGUCUUACAGAUGACAGAGAAAUACUGCCUGGACCGAGGGAUUCCUUUCCCCAGGAUUGAGGUGGGCCCUGAGGACUUGGAAAGGCCCCGUGAGUGCUAUCUGUUUGCCAAGGCCAAGGACCCCAGUUCACCCAUCGUGCUACAUUUCCCCCUGGUCAACCAUACUUUUCGUACACACCUGGCCCCAGGUGUUGAGCAGCAAACCUCUGAGGAGAAAGCCUUUGGGGACUUUGACAUCAAUGGGCCAGAUACCCCCUAUGGCAUGAUGAACUUCACCUAUGAACCCAGGGAAUUUGAUCGCCUGGUGGCCCUGAGUCGAUACAAUGUUUUGAACAAUGUGGACACUGUGAGGCAUGCUCUCAAGCUGGCCCUGGAUCGGUGGCAGGCUGGGGAGAGGGGUGGGGGCUGACCAGGCUGGAGGCAGAGGAUUACAGCAGAGAGGAGAGAUGUGGGACUGUAGCCCAGGGCUUGAUGAGGAGUCGAGGCUUUAGAGGGUUCUGCUUCCAACUUCUCUAAGACCUGCCCUGAGAUCCCUCAGGCCUGAAAAGUCUUGCAGACUCACAGCUUGGACUUAGAGAAGAUGGGGCAGUACAUCCUUCCAUGGGAUCAAGGGAUAUAGAGCAGAAGAGAGCAGUGCUUGUUUCUCAGAGUGGUGUGGAAAGAACCAGGCCAGUCUUGCCACAAGGCCUACCCACAGCCCAGGACUCAGAGGGUCCAGGCACUCACUCCUACUUUCUAGGGUGGGAGUUGUGAGCACUUAUGUGCAGGCUCUGCUUCUUACACUGGGACUUAAAGCAGAGAUAAAGCCACCCACACUUCCUGCAAAGUGGCUCUGGUCCCCAACCUACUCCAAGCUCCUGGAUACAGUGCUGUCAAGAAUAAAGAGGAGCCCAUGAGUCACCA